AACGUCACUUUGUUUUCUUUGAACAAUAAAUUAACCCCUACUUCUUUCUCUGGCUUCCUCCUCUUUAACUAACACAUAGUAAUUGCAUUCCCUUCCUCCAUUUUCUCUCUCCUCCAUUAACACCCAGUCAAGAACUUCUUCAAUCAUCCAUCAUCAACAACAACCACAUCCACAACCAUGCCUUCCACUAAUCUUCUCCUGGAAGAACCUAUUCGCAUGGCAUCCAUCCUUGAGCCUUCUAAAUCUACCUUCUUCACUGCAAUGACGAAGAUCGUUGGAACUCUCGGUCCUCGUUCUGAAUCUGUUGAAGUUAUUUCUGGUUUGCUUAAAGCUGGAAUGUCAGUGGCUAGAUUUGAUUUUUCAUGGGGAGAUGCUGAUACUCAUUGCCAAACUCUUGAAAACUUAAAGACCGCAGUUAAAGCUACCAAGAAACUUUGCGCUGUCAUGCUUGACACAGUUGGGCCUGAGUUGCAAGUUGUGAAUAAGACUGGGAAGGAAAUUACUCUCAAGGAAGAUGAGAUGGUUACUCUCACACCUAAUCUAGAACAAGAUGCUUCCUCAGAUCUUUUGCCCAUCAAUUUCAGCGGACUUGCGAAGGCUGUGAAGAAGGGAGACAUGAUAUUUAUGGGUAAAUACUUGUUUACUGGAAGUGAAACUACAUCUGUGUGGCUUGAGGUAUCUGAGGUAAAAGAAGAUGAUGUGGUUUGCGUGAUCAAGAAUUCCGCAACACUAGAUGGAACACUAUUUACUUUGCAUGCUUCACAAGUUUGUAUUGAUAUGCCCACUCUGUCAGAGAAAGACAAGGAGGUUAUAAGCACCUGGGGUGUUCAAAACAAAAUUGACUUUCUUUCAUUGUCAUAUACCCGUCAUGCAGAAGAUGUUCGCCAAGCGCGUGAACUGCUUUCGAGCUUAGGUGACCUUAGUCAAACUCAGAUAUUUGCAAAGAUUGAGAAUGUAGAGGGUUUGACCCAUUUUGAUGAAAUACUACAAGAAGCUGAUGGGAUCAUUCUUUCACGUGGAAACUUGGGCAUAGAUCUCUCUCCUGAGAAGGUUUUCUUGUUUCAAAAAGCUGCUUUACACAAAUGUAACAUGGUUGGAAAGCCUGCAGUUGUUACUCGUGUUGUUGAUAGCAUGACCAAUAACCUAAGACCAACACGUGCUGAAGCAACUGAUGUUGCUAAUGCUGUACUGGAUGGAAGUGAUGCAAUUCUUCUUGGAGCUGAGACUCACAGAGGUUUAUAUCCUGUUGAUACUGUUAGAACUGUUGAUAGAAUUUGUUUUGAGGCUGAGAAGGUAUUUAAUCAAGAUCUAUACUUCAAGAAGGCUGUCAAGUAUGUUGGAGAGCCAAUGUCUCACCUGGAAUCUAUUGGUUCUUCUGCGGUGCGUGCUGCUCUGAAGGUGAAAGCAUCUGUUAUAAUCUGCUUCACUUCCUCUGGGAGGGCUGCAAGGUUGCUUGCUAAGUACAGGCCACCUAUGCCAAUUCUCUCAGUUGUGAUCCCUCGUCUUAAAACAAAUCAACUGAAAUGGAGUUUCAGUGGUGCCUUUGAGGCUAGGCAGUCAUUGAUAGUUCGAGGCCUCUUUCCCAUGCUUGCUGAUCCUAGACAUCCUGCUGAGUCUGCAAAUGCAACAAAUGAAACCGUAUUGAAGGUUGCACUAGAUCAUGGAAAGGCAUUAGGAAUCAUCAAAUCACAUGACCGUAUUGUCGUUUGUCAAAAGGUUGGUGAUGCAUCCGUGGUCAAGAUCAUCGAGUUGGAAGAUUAGACCUUAUACUGCCCACAAGUGAAAUCUUUUGUCGUUUAUUAGCGUGUCUUCCAUCUCCCUGGUUAAAGCUGGGAGCUGUUAUGCAGAUUACCAUUCCAUAUUUAAGAAAUUCGAUAGUAGUUUGAUCGCAGAAUAUUACAGCAUAAAAUUAUCUGAACAAUGUGACCGGAUAAGUCAUGGUUUUGACAUGACUCCCAUUUUUUGAUAAAUGGCACAAAUGAAUGUGUGUCAACGUGUGUGCAGAUAUUUUAUUGCAAUGAAAUUCUAUAUAUGUUGGAAAUAAGUUUUGGGACAGUCCCACUCCCGUAAAGAGAUAAGAGGGGAGAAAGGCCUGCAUUAGAUUAUGGAGGUUCCCAAUAGUUUUGGUUCAA